AUGGUCAGAAUAGUGGUCAUACCUUUGGAGACACGGAAUCUUUCAGGAAAAAUGUUUACCUUCCCACAACAAACAAGCACAACAGAGGCGAGGUUUACAACACAAAGACAAGAUAUGAGGGCUGUCACCGUCUGUUUUAGGUCCUUUACAGACCUUAAAAGAGAGCACUCCUUAUUUUCUUUGGCUUUACCCACGGGAGCUAAUGGCUUUCUGAUAAUAAAAAGUGCCCAAAGUGAUGCGUUUGACAUCUGGGUCCUGGAACAACAUGUAAAGAUUGAAGCACAGGACUUCAAGCUUAACAUGUGGCAAUCCAUAUGUGCAACAUGGGAUGCUUCAUCUGGACUCAUACAGUUGUGGUUAAAUGGAAAGCCCUCAAGCAAGAAAUAUACCAGCUCUGGACACAGUAUCAAUGGACCAAUGAUCAUUGUUUUAGGGCAGGAUCAGGAUUCAUAUGGUGGUGGUUUUGACACCAAGCAAUCAUUUGUUGGGAUGAUGGAAGAUGUUCAUAUGUGGGACUACACCCUCUCCCCAUGUGAGAUCCAGGGCUAUAUGGAUGAACAUUACUAUCCUGAGGGGAAUGUCUUGAACUGGAAUUCCGUAGAAUUCCAGAGUGUGGGAAGAGUGCUAAUAGAAGAUAAACUAAGAGCUUGCAAUUAGAGUUCCUGGAUUUUUUUUUUCAGAAUAAAAGAAUUGUUGUGAAUAAGGCAUAAAGUUAAUUAGGACUUUUAAAAACCAAGUCUUUUUCAUUGUAAAAUCAAAUGUGUUUUUGUGUUUCAGUCAUAUGACUUCGGAUUCACUUAUCUUUUUGUUAUAAACAAUGAUAUUUUUACUAUAUGUAUAAAUAAUUUCAAUGGUGUCAAUACUCAUUAGUGUUCAUUAGUGCAGGAUUGUCGUGGGUUCUUCCUAACAGCCUCUGUGUUAGACUUUGAUACGGUCAACUUGACUCCAAAAUCAUGAGAAAAAAAAUCACCCUUGGUCGUGCUACAUCACA